GCAUCAUUGCCUGCUAUAAAUGUAACCGGAAAUGCCUUUUUAAACUCUGAAACGGGUGAGAGGUUUUACAUAAGGGGUGUUGAUUAUCAGCCCGGCGGAUCUUCGAACCUUACUGAUCCUCUGGCAGAUGUUGAAGUCUGUUCCAGAGAUAUCCCUUACUUCAAGGAUCUUGGUCUGAAUACCAUUAGAGUCUACUCGGUGGACAAUACCUUGAGUCAUUCUGAGUGUAUGGAGAAGCUUGCAGAUGCAGGAAUUUACUUGAUCUUGGACGUCACUACCCCUGGAACAUCGAUUUCAAGAAGUAACCCUGGUUGUUCUUACAAUGCAGACUUUUUGCAAAACAUUUUUGCUACCGUCGACGCUUUUGCUAACUACACUAAUGUCCUGGGCUUUUUCGCAGGAAACGAGGUCGUCAACAAUGAAGACGUUUUGUUUACAGCUCCUUAUAUCAAGGCUACUGUUAGAGAUCUUAAGAAGUACAUCAAGGCGAGAGAUUACAGACAGAUCCCUGUGGGUUACUCGGCUGCGGAUGUUUCCUCGGUGAGACUAGAACUAGCAGAGUAUUUGAAUUGCGGGAAUGAUUCAACUGCCAGAAUUGAUAUGCUCGGUGUUAACGACUAUUCUUGGUGCGGCCACUCCUCAUUCACUCAGUCAGGAUAUUCGGAGAAGGUGAAAAUGUACACCGGCUACUCUGUUCCUAUGUUCUUUUCUGAGUACGGUUGCAAUACUCAGGGUACCAGACAAUUUUCCGAGGUUGCUUCUAUCUAUUCUACUCAGAUGUCUUCAGUUUUUUCUGGCGGAUUGGUCUAUGAGUAUUCGCAAGAAGAUUCAAACUACGGACUUGUCGAAAUUGACGGAGAUUCUGUCUCCACUUUGGACGACUAUACGAACUUGAAAUCCAUGCUGAAUUCUACAUCUGAUCCUCAAGGAAGUGGAGGAUACUCUACGUCUUACAAGCCGUCCGAGUGCCCAACUGAUUGGAACUUCACAAUCACGGUUCCAGAUACCCCAGAGGAUGCUCAAACUUACUUUGAAAAUGGUGCUGGCACAGGUUAUGGUUUUGAAGCUGAAACGCAAGAGUCCUGCGACUAUGACGAUUUUUCCAGUGUCAGUUCUCAAUCUGUGACCUCCAGCAGCUCUUCAACUGCUUCGUCAUCGUCUACAAGAGCAUCGUCAUCUUCUUCAUCCCCCACAACCUCUUCUUCCUCA